AUGACAUACGCCUUUGAUAACAGAGCUAAGUCUGGGUUCGCGCGAGGAGAGGGAGCCGGAGCGCUGAUUCUGAAGCCACUUGCCCAAGCCAUCAAGGACAAUGAUAAGAUUCGGUCAGUUAUCGUAAACACUGGGGUCAACCAAGAUGGAAUUACCUCUCCCAGCGGCAAGGCUCAAGAACAGCUCAUGCGAGAGGUGUAUGCACGUGCUGGUAUCACUCCUCUAGAUGCUGGCUUCGUUGAGGCGCAUGGAACUGGCACCAAGGUUGGAGACCCGAUUGAGGCUACUGCAAUUAACAGUGUGUUUGGCGAUGGCCGUACCACUCGAGCACCUCUGUACAUUGGCUCCGUCAAGAGCAAUGUAGGACACCUGGAAAAUGCAAGCGGUGUCAUAUCAAUUAUCAAGGCCACUAUGAUGCUCGAGAAAGGCUUUGUGCUGCCCAAUACCAACUUUCAAACUCCCAACCAGAACAUACCCCUGGCUAAAUGGAACAUGAAGGUUCCCACUCUACAGCGGCCAUGGCCGGCCAACAAGAAAUAUAUAAGUGUCAACAACUUCGGAUUUGGUGGUUCAAAUGCACACUGCGUUCUAGAGCGUGGUCCUUCGCACCUCCAACCUGGUCAGAAGAAGGCAAACUUGGACCCUCGACAGCGCCUAUUUGUGCUCUCUGCCAAUGAUGAGACAUCGGCCAGAAAUUUGAUGAAACAGCUCAACAUUUUUGUAGAGCAGCACCCUGAGGUCUUCCAAAAGGCUCUCAUGGCGUCUCGCUGUUGUCGCUUCUAA